AUGGCAGAAGCGUUAUCUUUAACGAGAAGAAUGGAUUUGGGCGAUGGUAUUGAUCCUAACCCUUCGCCUUUGGAGAGUGUUGGGACAAGCACAACACCCGAUACUGAGGUCUCCCCUCCAGACAGCCCUUAUCAGCAACAGAACGCAAUUCUUAAGAACACAAGGCUGUUAGCAAGAAAGAAGCUUGCUCAACUGUCUCAAGAGGAGAAGGUCUCCUUACUUACCGCUGCAGACUUCUGGAGAACAAAGGCCAUUCCCUCUAAGGGAGUCCCCGCAGCCAAAACAAGCGAUGGCCCCAAUGGUGCUCGUGGUGGCAUUUUCGUCGGCGGAACAAAGGCUGCGCUGUUUCCCUGUGGUGUCUCACUUGCCGCCACUUGGAACAAAGAACUACUUUAUGAUGUUGGCCAGCACCUUGCUGAUGAGACCAGAGCAAGGUCGGCCAACAUUCUUCUAGCACCGACUGUCUGCAUGCACCGUCAUCCGUUGGGAGGCCGGAAUUUCGAGUCAUUCUCUGAGGACCCCCUUCUGACUGGCAAGCUCGCUGCCCAAUAUAUCCGUGGCAUCCAACAGAAAGGGGUUGCCGCCACCAUCAAACACUUCGUUGGCAACGAGCAGGAGACGAAUAGAUUGACGAUCGACUCGGUCGUUGCCGAGCGGCCACUGCGAGAACUUUAUCUUAAACCAUUUGAGAUUGCCAUCCGUGAGGCCAAUCCAUGGGCUGUUAUGUCAUCAUAUAACCUCAUUAAUGGCGUGCAUGCCGACAUGCAUUUCCACACUCUCAGGGAGAUCCUCCGCGGCGAGUGGAACUAUGACGGCACUGUUAUUUCUGACUGGGGUGGUUUGAACUCCACAGUCGAAUCCCUGAAAGCAGGAUGUGAUGUCGAAUUUCCAUUCUCUGUGAAAUGGAGAUUUGAGAAGGUCCUGGCUGCUCUCAAGGAUGGUGCCAUAACUCAGGACGAUAUUGACCGGGCCGCUGAAAAUGCUCUGACACUUGUACUUCGCACCAAGGGUGAGGACAUGUCGGAGGAGGCAGCUGAGAGGGAAGACAAUCGACCCGAGACCCGAGAACUGAUUCGAGAGGCUGGUGCCCAGGGCUUGACACUGCUCAAGAAUGACGGGGGCAUCUUGCCAAUCAACCCGAAGACUGCAAAGGUCGCGGUCAUCGGCCCAAAUGCUAACCGUGCCAUUGCCGGUGGCGGAGGUAGCGCCAGCUUGAACCCGUACUACAACACCCUGCCACUCGAGAGCAUCAAGAAGGCUGCGGGUGAAGAGGUUGUGUAUGCCCAGGGUUGCCAUAUUCACAAGUGGCUACCGGUGGCUUCUCCUUUCUGUACAACUAAGGAAGGCAAGCAAGGUGUGAACAUCGACUGGUUUGCUGGCGAUCAGUUCAAGGGUGAACCGAUAGUCAUUCAACGGCGAACGAAUACUGAUCUCUUCCUCUGGGACUCGGCACCGCUCGCUCAAGUGGGCCCAGAAUGGUCUGCAAUAGCCACCACAUACCUUACCGCAACAUCGACCGGCAAGCAUACUGUCAGCUUCAUGAGUGUCGGCCCUGGCAAACUAUAUAUCGAUGACAAGCUGGCCUUGGACUUGUGGGACUGGACUGAGGAGGGCGAGGCCAUGUUUGAUGGCUCGAUAGACUACCUUGUGGAAAUCGAUAUGCAAGCUGGCAAGGCUGUAGAACUCAAGGUCGAGAUGACGAACGAACUUCGGCCUGUGUCAAAACAGAAGACCUUCAACAUGACGCAUAAGUAUGGUGGAUGCCGUAUCGGCUUCAAGGAGGAGGAUCAACUGGACUACCUUCAGGAGGCCGUCGACGCUGCUAAAGCCGCUGAUGUCGCCGUUGUUAUUGUCGGCCUGGACGCUGAGUGGGAGUCUGAAGGAUAUGAUCGACAAACGAUGGACCUUCCCUCAGACGGAAGCCAAGACCGUCUCAUCGAGGCUGUCGUCAAGGCAAACCCUAACACCGUCGUCGUUAACCAGUCCGGAUCACCGGUAACAAUGCCGUGGGCUGACCACGUACCUGCCAUCCUCCAGGCCUGGUACCAGGGUCAGGAGGCAGGUAACGCACUCGCUGAUGUCCUCUUCGGCCUGAAGAGCCCAAGCGGAAAGCUUCCUUGUACUUUCCCCCGCAGACUCGAAGAUGCCCCUGCGUACCACAACUGGCCGGGUGAGAACCUUGAGGUGGUGUACGGCGAGGGCAUGUACAUCGGCUACCGACACUACGAGCGGGCCCAUAUUGCCCCGCUCUUCCCCUUCGGCCACGGCCUGUCAUACACGAUUUUCGAGUACGGCCGUCCGUCGCUGAGCUCGAAGACGCUUACAUCGGCCGAUAACAUCGAGAUGAUAUUCGCUGUCAGCAACAUUGGGGAUGUCGACGGAUAUGAGACUGUGCAGGUGUAUGUGCAUGAUGACAAGUCGAGGCUGCCGCGUCCUGAAAAGGAGCUGGUGGCCUUUGAGAAGGUCUUCCUAGAAGCGGGGGAGACAAAACACCUCCGGAUCUCUCUGGACAAGCAUGCGGUCGGUUAUUAUGACACCUCCCUCAAUGCGUGGAUUGCCGAGGAGGGCACUUUCAAAGUCCUCGUGGGCGCUUCGUCCGCUGACAUCAGGAGGACAACCGCCUUCGAAGUCAAGGAAUCCUUCACAUGGGUUUUCUGA